GCAAAUAAGGAAGGAAGUUAGUUCACUAAAGUAAAUAUGCAUAAAACAAAACCCAAGCUGGUGAAGAUAAGAAGUGCAAACCAAGCCAAAAAAUAUGGAGUUGCGGCUGUUGACUUAAAAGAGCUUAUUAAAAAAGGAUGUGAGUUAUUAAAGGUAUCUAGCCUCGGAGUUCAAGUCUGCUUAUAUGAGGAUGGUACAAUAAUUACUAAGGAGUAUUUCCAAAAUCUUCCUAUUAAUACAGAACUUGUUCUCCUCUCCAAGGGAGAAAGUUGGGAUGGUGGAUUUGUUUAUGAAAUAAAUCAUGUCCUGGGUUUGGACAAACACAAUGAGCUUCUGAUCAGUGCAGCCAAAAAUCUUCUCUCGGAUGAACAUUCCCCCAAACGCCGUAAAAUAUUGGGAGACCUUCUGGGAAAUCUGAAGGACAAUUCGGAAGUGGAGAGCAGAGAGCAAGAUAAGGAAUGGUUUGAAGGAAUUGAUGUCCGGUUUAAAACCAAGUCUGCCUACAUGAAAUACAACUGCGAGAACAGAAUUCGUGGAUAUUUGAAAGAGGUUGAUGGACACACAAAGAGUAUUUCGAAUGCCAAGAUAAAAAGCGAAUAUAAAAAGGUGGUUGAGUUGCUGGUAGAGAAACUGAAGGCUGAACGAUAUCAUGGUGCCUAUUUUGAUAGGUCGGAGAAGGAUGUCCACCGACUAUGCACUAAAGAAGGCUGGUUCUCCUGCCAGGGUGCUUUUGAUCUGAAUGAGUGCAAAUUUCUUCAUUCAAUCAACCCAUAUGGGAACCGCGAGAGCAGAAUACUUUUUAGCACCUGGAAUCUGGACCACAUAAUAGAGAAGAAGAGAACCGUCAUCCCCGCCCUGGCUAAUGCACUGAAUGGGAGAAAGAGCAGCCAGAUAAAUCUGGAUUAUUUCUACAAACUUCUGUUCACAAGAGACAAUCUUAAACUGGUUCACAUCGUCUGCCAUAAUAAAGGGGCCCAUAGUCUUGAGUGUGACUCAAAUCAAAUCUACAAAUAGAUCAGGAAGACCAAGAAAUGAACAUGACCUCCGUAUAUGAAAUCUUUUUAUGAAAUAUCCAGCUUAGGUCUGAACAUUUCAGCUAAAGUGAAUCGCAAGCACUGAUUGAAGUAGCUUACUAAACUUCUCAGGGUAAUUUUUUACCUUUUGGUUAUAUAACCUUUUUAUUUGUACUUUUUUUCUAGUUUACUUCCACAUAGAUUUGCGCACCAAAGCAAUGAAAUGAAAAACUUCUAGAUUUUAAAACGGUUUUAAUUAUAUAUUUCUACAUUAUGGCUUUUAUUGGUUUAUUAAAAUGUUUUAAAAUAAGUCUCUGGUUCCAUCUGUGCCUUUUUUGUUUAGGUGAUGGCAUCCAGUAGCCACAGAUGUAUUCUUUAAAAAAAUCUGAUAAAUAUUGCAUCAUCAGCUA